AUGGCGAGUGGAGACCGCAAGCGUCGCUCCGAAGACGGCCGCCCCCCGCGCCCCUCGCGCUUCAUACCGCAGGCGAGGGGGGCCCCAGUGCUGCCGUGGAUGCCCAGAGCGGGAUACGACCAUGAGUUGGAAAAGGACAGCAAGCUAGUGAGAGCCGCGAGGAGUAACUAUCCUGAAGGUGACGGGGAGAACAUCUGCACUGAGUUUCCACCGCUGAUGCAGGCCAAGUCCUGGACCAAGGGUGUCCCGUACCGCGACAGCUUUGAACACAACAAACCCGCUGAUACUAUAGGCAACUGCUACACCCCAUCCACAAAGACGAUGCGCAUCGUCCACAUGCCGCCCAAGAAGAGGCCGCCCGCCCAACUGUUCGGCCCUCUCGGCCCCAACGGGGAGACCCAGUUCCCGCCCUUGAGGCCCUGGGCGGAGAGGGAGAAGGAGAGAUUGGCCAAGCUGGAGAGAGAGAAGGAGAGGAAUGUGGCGCCGAAAGGUAUAAUACGCCUAGAAGAUUUGAUAUCCGGAGAGUAUGAGAGAAAAAAGGCGGCGGAGAAGGAGGCCAAGAGAAGAAUGAUUCAGAAGAAGAGGAGAGAACAACACGAGAAAGAGUUGGCAGAAAAAGAGGCUUUGAGAAGGUUCUUAGAAAAAAGAGAAUUCGAGCUUCCGAGAGAUCCAGAUGACCAGAAACAAGAGAUGAUAAAAGUAACAGAAGAAGAACUCUACAGACCUCUGGAUGAAGAUGAAAUGAAAAGGAUCGAUUACUAUCUUACAAAGUCUCUAGUAGGCAAGUACCUGCCAGACUUCCCCCAACAUCUCUACGAGCGGGCCCGAGCUGCGGUGAAGGCUCAGACCGCGCACAUCAAGCGGGGGCUGAUGGAACUGACGUACCGGGAUUGCGUGAGGCAGAGCGAGCAAGAGAUUAGAGAGGCUUUUGAGAGCGCUAUGAAAAGAUGCCUCCUAACCUACAUCCUAGCCGACCCCUCAGAACGCCUGCGCCUGCGCAUCUCACACCUACCGCCUCUAUGGCCCUCGCUGCAAGUGCGCGCCCCCAUGCCGUGGCGCGCCGCCAAGGUCAGGGCUAAACAGGCGGUGGAGAUGAUUUACUUCGAGGGGAACCCCCUCGUUGUGUAUUUGACGCAGAUGGGUCAUGAUCGCUUCAAAGACAUGUUAAUCUGCGACAUGAACAAGAUGCAAGAGGGCCUACCCUUCCCCCAGUACCCUGCGGAGUUCACGGAACGCCUCACCCGACUCUGCCAGGAGUCAAGGGCUGACCUGGAGAACAACUGGCUGAUCGAUGUGGCGGACACGAUGGUGAGGAUGCGGGAACAUUGGGCCGUCUAUGUGGCCAAGACGAGGAAAGGGUCUACGUAUCAGGUGGAGCAUUUCUUCAGAGCGAUACAUAGUUUGAUGUCGCGUCAAAUCAGAGAUUUGGUGGAGAGAAGCGUACGACAUUUCGCUAGCUAUUUCGCCUACUAUUUCGAAGGCAACGACUACGGCUCUGACUAUGCAGACUACACGUACACCAAGUGGCCACUCCUGCGCAUCAAGGCUUCAGCGGCGCCAGGUUCAAGCGCCAUCGCACUGGACCCGUCGCCGCGGCACGUGCAGACUGCCAUCGUCAAGUGCUUCCAUCACAUCGCGCACGUCAACUAUCAACUACCAACGGUUGAUUCUAUUAUGUAUCCAGGUGUAAAGCGUCCAAAACCCAACCUAUACAGCGUAUACCCUGACGAAGAAUACAUCACACGGAUCAUCGACGAAUCCGUGGAAUACUUCAAGCUGAACCGCGCCGGGCCCCAGAGCUACCUGAAGAUGUAUGAGAAGUAUUACUACUUGCUCGAUGGGACUGCUGAAAGAGAGCUUGAUGAGUUCUUUGCGCUGGAUCCGCAACCGUAUUUGAGGGAGUUCUCCGAACGCAUCCACCAAUACGAAGUUCUCCACGAUGAGCUUUUAUUCCUCCGCCGAGACAUCCCCCUCAAUAUGGUUCUACUGGACUGUGCGCCGCUCAACGACGCAUUGUGCGCGUGCGCCCGCCGGCUGCGCGCGCGCAUCGUGGAGCAUUUCGUGCUGGUUAAUAGGAAGUGGAACCGCGAAAUCUGCAACGUGUACGAGGAGAUGGCGGCGCGCUCCUCCGAGACGCCCGAGACCACGGCGCAGCUUGUUGAGCUGAUCAGCUACAUACAGGAGUGCCGCGACUCCGCCAUGCUAGACCUGCGGCUGAAGGCGCGCACCACGGCUGAGUAUGUGCUGUUUCUGAUGGACCACGCGCAUUUGAGCAACGAAGACAUAAACCUGAACACGCGGGUGUUCCAGUGGCCGUUCGACAUGGAGGAGAACAUCGACCUCACGCUCAAGACGCUCAACACCAAGAAAACCAUGGCGGAGGAUAAACUGAGGAGCCGCAAAGCAAUAUUCGAGGAGAAGCUGAAACGGCAUGAGAAAGAUCUGGACUUGUUCAGAAGGUUCGACCCGCCGCUGCUGAAUAUCGACCUGCUGACGGAAGUGGUGGGGAAAAUCGACGAGAUACACAACAACUUGUUGGAAGACAAACGCGAGGCCGACGACAUCAUCAACGAAGAGACACUUCUAGAGCAAGAAGUCUCAGUCUACUUCAGUCUACAGAGCAUGCUGGCGGGGGCUCAGCCCUUCCACCGGCUGUGGCACACCGCCAGAGACUUCUACGAAGGAUACCAGCUGUGGUACCACGGCCCAUUCGCCGGCCUAGACGCGGCUCAGAUCACUGAAGACGUGGAGCAGUGGUGGAAGCUGCUAUACAAGCUGGGCAAGCAGUUGUUUGAGUUCCCCGGAGCUAAGAGAAUAGCCGACAUGGUGCGGAACAAGCUGGAGAAGUUUAAAGUGCUGCUGCCGGUGCUGUGCGCUAUUUGUAAUAAGGGUAUGCGAGACCGGCACUGGGCUAAGAUCAGCGAGUUGAUCGGGACGGAGGUCAUCCACAACCCUGAGACCACUCUAGCAGACAUGGUGGAGCAAGGCGUGCACGUGUUCGCGACGCAGCUGGAAGAGAUCGAGCAGUACGCGUCCAAAGAGUACGCGCUGGAGACCGCACUCAACAAGAUGAAGGAGGAGUGGGGGCCGGUCAAGUUCGACGUCGUGCCUUACAGAGACACAGGAGUGGGCAUCCUCUCAGGCCUGGACGACAUCCAACAACUCCUAGACGAGCACAUCCUCAAGUCUCAGAGCAUGCGGGGGAGCCCCUACGUGAAGGCUUUCGAGGAAGACAUGGUGGCGUGGGAGGAGCGCCUGAUACGCAUGCAGGACGCGCUGGACCAGUGGCUGCAGUGCCAAGCCACAUGGAUGUACCUGGAGCCAAUAUUCUCCUCAGAAGACAUAAUGCGACAGAUGCCCACAGAGGCGCGAAACUUCCGAGAUGUGGACAAGGAAUGGAGAACCAUCAUGGCGGCCACGACAAAAGACCCCAAUGUACUUAAUGCCACGGAUUAUCCCGGCUUGCUGAAGAAGUUGAAGUAUAAUAACGCACUGUUGGAUGAUAUACAAAGAGGACUGAAUGAUUAUUUGGAGAUGAAGAGGCUUUUCUUUCCGAGGUUCUUCUUUCUAUCAAACGACGAGUUGCUAGAGAUACUCUCCGAGACCAAGGACCCCAUGAAGGUGCAACCACACCUGAAGAAGUGCUUCGAGGGCAUCUACACACUGGAGUUCAACGCGGCGAAGGAAAUCAUCGGGAUGGUGUCUUCGGAGGGGGAGAUGGUGAAGCUCACCAGCUCUAUACAGCCUGCUGAUGCUAAGGGCAUGGUAGAACGCUGGCUGCAACAACUCGAGCAGCAGAUGGUUAUCAGCCUGCGCGACGUGGCGUCGGAGGCCGCGGCCGGCUACCGGGGCGCCGCGCGCGACAGCUGGGCGCUGGCCUGGCCCGGACAGCUCGUGCAGUGCUGCGCCUGCAUCGAGUAUACUAAAGAGACAACAGAAGCGAUAGAGCAGCAGACUCUAAAAGCCCAAGUCGAGCGAAGCACUUCACAGAUCAACGCGUUAGUGGAACUGCUGCAGGAGGGGCUGACCCCCCCCGCCAGCCUCACCAUCGAGGCGCUCAUUGUGCUCGACGUGCACGGCCGUGCCAUCCAAGAAGAGCUACUCCGUUCUAAGGUGACCUCCACAAGCGACUUCCUGUGGCUGUCCCAGCUGCGCUACAGCUGGCGCGGGCCGCGGCUGCUCUGCAGCAUGGUGACCACCGAGCUGGACUACGGCUUCGAGUACCUGGGCAACAGCGCGCGCCUCGUCGCCACGCCGCUCACUGAUAGAUGCUACAGAACCCUAAUGAGUGCCCUGAAGCUGAACCUGGGCGGCGCGCCGGAGGGCCCGGCCGGCACCGGCAAGACGGAGACCACUAAGGACUUGGCGAAGGCCGUCGCCAAGAAAUGUGUCGUGUUUAAUUGUUCAGACGGGCUGGACUAUAAGGCGCUUGGCAAGUUUUUCAAGGGCCUAGCAGCGUCAGGCUCCUGGGCCUGUUUCGACGAGUUCAACCGCAUCGAACUCGAAGUCCUCUCCGUGGUGGCGCAACAGUUACGCACUCUACAGCUGGCGAUCCUCCGCCGAGCCAAGCGCCUGGUGUUUGAGGGCACCGAGCUCGCGCUGGACCUCACCGCCGCCGUCUUCAUCACUAUGAACCCGGGGUACGCGGGUCGCACGGAGCUGCCCGACAACCUGAAGGUGUUGUUCCGCACGGUGGCCAUGAUGGUGCCCGACUACGCCAUGAUCGGGGAGAUCACGCUGUACUCUAACGGAUUUGUUAAUGCUGGGCCCCUGGCAGCAAAGAUAGUGCAAGCGUACAAGCUAUGCUCGGAGCAACUCUCCUCGCAGCGUCACUACGACUACGGCAUGCGAGCGGUCAAGUCCGUGCUGCUGGCGGCUGGAGCUCUGAAGAAGAACUACCCGGACAAGGACGAGACGCAGCUUGUUCUGAGGGCCAUUAUUGAUGUCAAUAUGCCCAAGUUUUUGUCGCAGGACGUCCCCCUCUUCACGGGCAUCUACUCGGACCUGUUCCCGGGCGUGGCGGUGCUGGUCCCGGACCGCGCGGAGCUGGCGGGCUGCGUGCGCGCGGAGCUGGCGCGCAGGGACCUGCAGCCCACGCCCUGGUACACCGACAAGAUCACGCAGAUAUACGAGAUGAUGCUAGUCCGCCACGGCUUCAUGCUGGUAGGGCCUCCCAUGGGCGGCAAGACGCAGGCCUACCAGACACUAGCCGAGGCCCUACGAGCCCUGCAGACCAUGGUGCCGCCUCCGAGACACAGAGAGAGCGCCGCCGUCUACCGCGUCAUCAACCCUAAGGCCAUCACUAUGGGACAGCUGUAUGGGUGCUUCGAUCCUGCUAGCCAUGAGUGGUCGGACGGCGUGUUAGCCAUAGCAUUCCGUGAAUACGCCGUGUCGGUGACGCGCGAGCGAAAAUGGAUCGUAUUCGACGGGCCAGUAGACGCAGUUUGGAUCGAGAACAUGAACACUGUGCUGGAUGAUAAUAAGAAACUGUGCCUCAUGAGCGGAGAGAUUAUACAGAUGACGAGCAAGAUGAACCUGAUCUUCGAGGCGGAGGAGCUGGAGCACGCGUCGCCCGCCACCGUGUCCCGCUGCGGCAUGGUCUACAUGCAGCCCGACCAGCUGGGUUGGCGCGCAUUCCUGGCGUCCUACAACAUCCAUCUAACCGAGAAGCUGAUCCCAGAGCAGUUCGACCUCAUCCAGGAGCUGAUUGGCUGGCUCGUGCCCGCCAUCUUUGAUUUCAUACAACACAAGUGCACCAUGUUUGUGAGCGUGGGAGAGAUACACCAGUUUCAUUCUUUCACGCGUCUCUUCACGUGUCUACUGGAGAACGAGACUCAGUUCAGUACUUUGUGGCUGCAGAACAUAUUCAUCUUCUGUCUGCUCUGGGGACUGUGUCCUACUAUUAAUGGUGAUAGCCGCAAACUCUUCGACUCUUACUUCCGCAAACUCCUCGAGGGCGGCACCCAAGCUCACCCCAAGCCCAAGUCCUUCAAGCUCACCCGCAGCCAGCUGUUCCCGGACAAGGACCUGGUCUUCGACUACGUUUAUGACAAGAGGAACAAUGGGACCUGGAUACCCUGGGUGGAGCUGGAGAAAGAGGCGCAUAUAGCUGGCAAUGCUAAAGUAAACGAGAUAAUAAUCCCCACUAACGAGAGCGCCUGCCUACGCUACCUCGUCGCUCUAUCAGUGGCGUCCCAGAUCCCCAUCAUCGUGGUGGGUCCCACCGGCACCGGCAAGACGUCCCUCAUACUCAACUACAUCAUGUCGCUGCCUAAAGCCAAGUAUAUCACGAAUACGAUAUAUUUCUCCGCACGGACUACGGCUAAUCAGACGCAGGACAUAAUUAUGUCAAAAGUUGAUAGAAGGAGGAAAGGUGUCUUCGGCCCAUCGAUGGGUAAAAAGUGCGUCCUAUUCGUAGACGACCUCAGCAUGCCCCAACCCGAGCAAUACGGGGCCCAACCACCACUAGAGCUGCUGCGGCAGUGGAGGGACCACGGCUACUGGUACGAGACUAAGGGCCACGCUCGACAGCAGCUGCUAGAUGUGUUGUUGGUGUCGGCCAUGCUGCCGCCCGGCAGCUCGCAGCACGUAUCGCGGCGGCUGCUGCGGCUCGCGUUGCUGGUGGCCGUGGACACCUUCCCCGACCACACGCUGAUGAAGAUAUUCAUGAGUAUUACAGAUUGGCACUUCGCUAAGGGGUUCGUGGAGUCGCUGGUUAGGCAGAGUAAGGCGGUAGUAUCAGCCACAAUAGACGUGUACCGCGCGGUGACGGAGUCGUUCCUGCCCACGCCCAGCAAGUGCCACUACUUGUUCAACUUGCGGGACUUGUCACGAGUCAUCAAGGGUGUGCUACUAGUCCCGGCGACGCACAUGAAGGAUCUGAACAAGCUGGUGGCGCUGUGGCUGCACGAGACCUACCGCUGCUUCUGCGACAGACUCGUGAACGAUGAGGACAGGGAGAAGCUCUUCGCCAUAGCCCACAAGGCGGUCUACGCCAACUUCCGCGUCCACCUAGACGCAGUACUAACAGACCUAGGCUACCUAGAGCCCGGCGAGACUCCUGCGCACGCGCACGCCGCAAGCAUCGUGUUCGGGAACUACAUGCAGCCUGAUGCCGACCCCAAGAUUUAUGACCUGGUACAAGACAUAGACGACAUGGCGGUGAAGAUGGAGUACUACCUGGGGGAGUACAACGCGGCGUCGUGCUCGCCGAUGCGCCUCGUCAUGUUCCGGUGCGCGCUCGACCACGUGUCCAGGUGCGCGCGGGUGCUGCUGCAGGACAACGGAAACCUCCUGCUAGUGGGCGUGGGCGGCAGCGGCCGGAGCAGCGCCGUCAAGUUGGCCGCCAGCAUUCUGGAGAUGAACGUUGUACAGAUCGAAAUCUCCCGCGUCUACGGCCAAGCAGAAUGGCGGGACGACGUGCGCAAACUGCUGAUGCAGGCGGGCACCCUCGGCCGGCCCCUCGUGUUCCUCUUCGCUGACAACCAGGUCAUGUACGAGGGGAUGGUGGAAGAUAUCAAUAUGAUAUUGAAUACUGGAGAUAUACCGAAUAUUUACGGGAUGGAGGAGAAAGUGGAGAUUCUGGAGAAGAUGCAGGCGGCUUUGCGGGAGAGCGGCAAACAGCUAGAAACGACCCCACUCGCCAUGUUCGGGUACUACGUGGAACGCGUGCGCGCGAGCCUGCGCGUGGCCGCGGCGCUGUCGCCGGUCGGGGACCAGUUCCGCACGCGCCUGCGCAUGUUCCCCUCGCUCGUCAACUGCUGCACUAUCGACUGGUUCACUGAUUGGCCUGCGGAGGCUUUAGAACGCGUGGCUCGCAUGUUCGUGGAGCGCAUGGACGGCGUGGCCGACCAGGGCGCCGCGUGCGUGGCCAUGUGCCAGCUGUUCCACACCAGCGCCGCAGAGCUCAGCGCCAGGUUUUACGCGGAGCAGCGGCGCAAGGUGUACGUGACGCCCACCAGCUACCUUGAGCUCAUCAAGGCCUUCCAGACCCUGCACUCCAUGAAGGUGGAACAGAUCACCAAGCAACGGACACGAUACUCCCAAGGGCUCUCCCAGCUGUCGUUCGUUGGUGAUCAAGUGGCGGUGAUGCAGCAAACCCUGCGGCAUCUGCAGCCGCAGCUGCUCGACACCUCGGACCGCACCGAGAAGCUCAUGAUCAAGAUCGAGCAGGACACCGUGCGAGUCGAGAAGCAGAAAGAGAUCGUAGGCGCAGACGAAGCGCUAGCCAACGAGGCCGCGGCCGCAGCACAGGCCAUCAAAGACGACUGCGAGUCAGACCUGGCCGAGGCGGUGCCAGCUUUAGAAUCCGCCCUCAACGCACUCAACACACUGAAACCAGCCGACGUGACCCUCGUGAAGAGCAUGAAGAACCCGCCCGCGGGGGUCAAGCUGGUCAUGGAGGCGGUCUGCGUCAUGAAGGGGAUCAAGGGCGACAGGAAGAUGGACGCGAAUGGGCGAAUGUACGAAGACUUCUGGGGCCCGUCGCUGAAGAUGCUCGGGGACAUGAAGUUCCUGGAGAGCCUCAUGAAGUACGACAAGGACAAUAUACCCGUUGCCACCAUGAAAAAGAUACGGGACAAGUACAUCCCGGACCGCGAGUUCGACCCGGCGGUGAUCGCGAAGGUGUCCUCGGCCUGCGAGGGGCUGUGCCGCUGGGUGCGCGCCAUGGACGUGUACGACAGAGUCAUCAAGGUGGUAGCGCCGAAGAAAGCCCGUCUGUUCGAGGCGGAGAGCGAGCUGCAGGCGCAGAUGAACACGCUCAACGCCAAGCGGGCGCAGCUGCAGGGCGUGCUGGACAAACUACAGGCCCUAAACGACGAGUUCGCCGGCAUGACGCGCAAGAAGAAGGGCCUAGAAGACGAGAUAGCGCUGUGCUCGGCCAAGCUGCAGCGCGCGGAGCAGCUGAUCGGCGGGCUGGGGGGGGAGCGCGCGCGCUGGGGGCAGCUCGCCGACCAGCUCGCGCUGCUGCUCGACAACGUUAUAGGUGACGUGCUGCUGUCGGCCGGGUUCAUCGCGUACCUGGGCCCCUACACCGUGAACUACAGACGCGAGAUCAUACACAUAUGGAACGAACAGGCCAUCAGUUUGAAGAUCCCGUGCUCCCCGUCCUUCUCUCUCAUCACGACGCUGGGGUCCCCCGUAGUGAUCCGCGCGUGGAACAUGAGCGGGCUGCCCGUGGACGCCUUCUCGGUGGAAAACGGCAUCAUUGUGGAGCGGGCCAGGCGGUGGGCGCUCAUGAUUGACCCCCAAGAGCAAGCCAACAAAUGGCUGAAAAACCUCGAACGCGAUAACAACCUGAAAGUGAUCAAGCUGACCGACGCAAACUACGUCCGCGUCCUGUCGACCGCCAUACAGAUGGGGCAUCCUGUACUGCUGGAGAAUGUCAGAGAGACCUUGGACGCUGUAUUGGAGCCUGUGUUAUUGAGGAACCUUUACAAGUCAGCUGGCGUGCUCUGCUUGAAGCUGGGCGACGCGGCGCUGCAGUACCACGAUGACUUCCGCUUCUACAUCACCACCCGGCUCAGCAACCCGCACUUCUUGCCCGAGACCGCUGUCAAGGUCACCCUCUUGAACUUCAUGAUAACCCCUCAAGGCUUGGAAGACCAGCUCCUGGGCAUAGUGGUGGCGCAGGACCGACCAGAGCUCGAGUGGAAGAAGAACCAGCUCAUAGUGGAGGGGGCUAAUAAUAAGAGGACGCUAAAGGAGAUUGAGGAUCAGAUCUUAGAGGUAUUAUCAUCAGCCGGCAACAUUCUAGAAGACGAGUCAGCCAAUCGCAUCCUCACCUCAUCAAAAGUGCUGUCUAUGGAGAUAGAGGCGAAACAGGCGGCGGCGGCUGUCACAGAGAAAGAGAUAGACGACGCUCGCCUACUCUACGUGCCCGUGUCCAAACUUAGCUCUGUCCUGUUCUUCUGCAUCUCCGAUUUGGGCAAUAUCGACCCUAUGUAUCAGUAUUCUUUGAACUGGUUCAUAAACCUAUACAACCAGUCGAUCGUGAACUCGCCCCAGUCGACCGACCUGAAGACGCGGCUCGACGGGCUCAUAGCCUACUUCACCAGGAGCAUCUACGACAACGUGUGUCGCAGCCUGUUCGAGAAGGACAAGCUCAUCUUCUCUCUCGUUCUUACGCUGGGGAUAUUGCGGCCGAAGGGUGAAAUCAACGAGGAGCUACUAUCCUUCCUGCUGACUGGUGGUGUGGUGCUGGAGGCCCCGCCAGCCAACCCCGCGCCCGCCUGGCUCACUGACAAGGCGUGGGCCGAGGUCGUGAGGUGCAGUCUCCUUCCCGGUUUGUCCGGCUUCAAGGACCACUUCGUGAAGCGGCUGCCCGAGUGGAAGCAGCUGUACGACCUGGCGGCGCCGCACGAGGCGCCAUUCCCGAAGCCCUACGACCAAGUGGAGGGGAUCACCAAGCUCGUCAUACUAAGAUGCCUCCGUCCGGACAAACUCAUCCCUCUAGUCCAAGCCUACGUGGUUCACCAAAUGGGCCGCUACUUCAUACAGCCGCCUCAAUUCGACCUCGACAAGUCGUAUGCAGACAGCCACUGUUGUUCGCCGCUCAUAUUUAUACUGUCUCCGGGGGCUGACCCCAUGUCUGGACUGAUCAAGUUUGCUAGCGAUAAGGGCGCUGUCAGCUUUGAGACUAUUUCGCUGGGGCAGGGGCAGGGUCCGAUAGCAGCGAGCCUGAUCACCCACGCGUGCACCACAGGCGGCUGGGUGGCGCUGCAGAACUGCCACGUCAUGCACUCCUGGAUGCCCGAGCUGGAUCGGAUCUGUGCCGAGGUGAUAGUUCCACAAACCACUAACCCCUCGUUCCGGCUGUGGCUGACGUCGUACCCCAGCCCCGCCUUCCCCGCCACCGUGCUGCAGAAUGGCGUAAAGAUGACCAACGAAGCUCCAAAAGGCCUGAAAAACAACAUGUACCGCUCCUACACAUCCGACCCGAUAUGCGACCCCGAGUUCUACAUCUCGUGCCCCCGGACCGAGGACUGGAGGAGAUUGCUUUUCGCACUGUGCUUCUUCCAUGCGAUAGUGCAGGAGCGGAGAGCGUUUGGGCCGCUUGGCUGGAACAUACAGUACGAGUUUAACGAGAGUGACCUCAGCAUCUGUAUUAUGCAGUUGCAGAUGUUCCUAACAGACUACACGGAGACUCCGUUCGUAGCUCUAACCUACCUGGCCGGGGAGUGCAACUACGGGGGGCGAGUCACCGACGACAAGGACCGCCGGCUCAUACUGUCUCUGCUGAGCACCUUCUACAAUGAGGCUGUUACGAGGGAUCCCAACUAUUCGUUCUCAAGCAGCGGAAAGUACCGCAUGCCUCGCAGCAUGGACUACUCGUCAGUUCUGGAACACAUCAAGUCCUUCCCCGACGUCACAGAGCCAGAGGUGUUCGGGUUGCAUAACAAUGCCGAUAUCACCAAGGACUAUAAGGAGGCUAAUGCCCUCCUCCACGGCACCCUCCUCACCCAGACCUCCAUCUCGCUCGGCGGCGGCGGCGAGGGCGGGCUGGUGGUCGAGCUCACGGGCGAGCUGCUGGCGCGCCUGCCGCCGCCGUUCGACGUGGGAGACGUGGAGCAGAGAUAUCCGGCGCUGUAUCUGAAUAGUAUGAAUACUGUUUUGAGACAGGAGCUAAUCCGCUACAACCGCCUGACCUCCGUGGUCCGUAAGACGCUGCACGGGGUGCACUUAGCCACCCAGGGGCUGGCCGUCAUGAGCGCGCAGCUGGAGCAGUGCCACGACUGCUUCGUGCGCGGCGCGGUCCCGCCGGCGUGGAUGGACCAGUCCUACCCGACCAUGAAGGGUCUGGGGUCAUAUUUCGCUGAUCUACUGGCGAGGUUAAAGUUCCUGCAAGACUGGAUAGACGAGGGCCCACCAGUGGUGUUCUGGAUAUCCGGGUUCUACUUCACGCAAUCAUUCCUGACCGGAGUGUUGCAGAACCACUCACGGAAGAACAAGAUACCCAUUGACCAGCUGCACUUUGAGUUCACUGUCACCAGACUGGAGGCGACAGAGAAUAAGGAACCAGAUUUCGGUGUCUAUUGCAAGGGACUGUACCUCGAGGGAGCAAGAUGGAACAGAGAAAAAUCGAAGCUUGACGAAUCCUUUCCAAAAAUACUAUUUGAUCCUAUUCCUAUAAUCUGGUUCCAACCCGCUCUGAUUGCCAAGUUCAACCCUCCGCCAUGCUACUUCUGUCCUCUCUACAAAACAAGUGAAAGGAAGGGAGUACUAGCGACAACGGGACACUCUAGUAACUUCAUCAUGUACAUUCCACUGUUGUCUGAUUUACCACAAAAGCAUUGGAUCAAUAGAGGAGUAGCAAGCUUGACACAACUUGACGAUUGAAUAUGAGUUAAAUUUAAUGUAGUCAUAGAUUAAUUAUGUAUUUUUAUGGGGACAUCUUCUACAGAAGAUACAUAGUUUAACUGUGAUGUUUUCUAGUCUUUGUAAUGAAUACUUUGAGAAAUAAAAUAAAUAUGGAUUGUCAUGAAUA